GCCCGCCGCUGCUUCUCCUCGCCGCUCGAGCCGCACACGUCGCCGCCUGCUUCCCUUCUCCUCCAAACCCGCUCCGUUGCUCGUCGCGCCCUCUUGCCCCGCCUCUUCUUCCCGGCUCCGCAUCGCUGGUCGCCUCCAAACACACGGCGCACCCUUCACGAGCGCCUGCGCCGCCGCGCCACCGCUCCAGCCGCGCCGCCGUGCCUCUCGCAGCGGCCCCGCAGCCGUCACACGACGUCCGGCGAGCGCGCCGCCGCUCCUCCGCGCGCGCCUGCCCUCCAUGUCCUUCGCGCCGCCCGUCGCGCCGUCCGCCUUUGCCUUUGCGCAGGUCGCAGAGGCGAACGAGGCAGCGCAGCAGCCGGCUGCACCAGCUCCUGAGCCUGCUGCGCCGUCGGUCGUGCCGGCGGUCAAGGCCGAGGCAGUGUCGCAGCCGGCUGCGGUCGGCCCGAGCUCUUCGUCUCAGGCACCUCUCGAUGCCACCAUGAGUGAGCUCAAGCCGAGCGCUACCCUUGGCCGCUCGCCGAGCAAUGCCGCUACACCUGCGGCAAGCCCGGCGCGGCCCAAGCGUGCGGCCGGCAUCCUCGCCGCCGCGCAGCUGAGCAGCUCCUCGGCGAGUUCGUCGGGGUCGUCGGGCGCCGGCACUCGUGCUGCCGGCAGCAGCGCCACGCCGCUCUCCUCGCAGCCCGUCUCGCCGGCCACGUCGGCAUCGUCGCCGUGCCGCGAGCGCGAGACGCCCAUCGCGCCUGCGUACUUCUACCCGCGCGACGCUUCCUCCGCCACCGCCAGCGACAUGGACGGCGUGCCCGUCUUCGAGCCGACGAUGGCGCAGUUCAGUGACUUUGAGCGCUUCUGCGAGCGCAUCGAUGCGUGGGGCAUGCAGUGCGGCAUCGUCAAGAUCGUGCCGCCGCCCGAGUGGCGCGCUGCGCUGCCCUCGCUGCGCUCCUUCCCGCCGCCGCAGACGGGCGAGCGCGGCGAGGACCCGUCGACGCGCGGCAUUGCCUCGGUGCGUAUCCGCAACGCCAUCUCGCAGAAGUGGGAGUCGGCGGGCGGCGGCAGCGGCGCCUGGCUGCAGCAGAAUCACUUGCAUCCGAGCAAGGUGUGGAACGCCAAGAUGUGGGCCGAUGCCUGCGCGGCGCCCGGUGCUCGCGGCCCUGAGCUGCGCCGCAUGCAGGCCAACGCUGAGCGUGCCGACGGCAUCGACGGUGCCAAGCCGGACGGCAAGGACGAAGGCAUCAAGACUCGCAGCGGCCGCGGCCGCGACUCGAACGGCGCCGCGGGCCAUGCCUCAUCUCCCGCUGUCGCAGCCGCAGCGGCUCGCAGGCGCAAGCGUGUGAGCCUGGCCGUGGGCUCUCCGGCGGCGAGCCAAGGCGCAAAAGACUCGCCGGGUCCGUCGUCUCUCUCGCAGGAUGUCGCGCGACCCUCGACGCCGCAGCCGGCGCUCGAGGUUGACACAUCGGACAUGCCGGCGCUCGAGGCAUCGCCGCUGCCCAAGCUGGAGGGCGCGCCGGCUGCCACUCCGCCUGGGCGCACUCUGCGUCCUCGCUCGCUCUCUACCGCGCCGGGCAGUGCUAGCAAAGUGCCUCUCGCUGCGGAGCCUACGCCGCAUGCGUCGCAGACCAGCACCGCACCGCCGGUGCCUAAGGUCAAGGCGGCUGACCUCACUACGGCGGAGGAGUGGGCGGCGUUCGACCAUGAGAACGUCUGGCUGCGCGAGUUUGCGUCGGCCAAGGCUCCGGCGGCUGAGCCGCAGAAGACGGAGGAGGGCACCGCGCAGGAUGACCUGGUCGUGCCCUCAGCCGAGGACUUCAGGGACCCAAAGGUGUGCAGGGAGAUCGAGAAGGAGUACUGGCGCGGCCUCACGUUUGGCCAGCCGCCGAUGUACGGCGCCGAUCUCAAGGGCACGCUCUUCACCGACGAGACGACGUCGUGGAACGUCGGCAAGCUGCCGAACAUCCUCACGCGCCUGCGCCUGAAGCGCAAGCUGCCCGGCGUCACGACGCCGUACCUGUACUUUGGCAGCUGGCGCGCCACGUUCGCCUGGCACGUCGAGGACGUGGACCUCUACUCCAUCAACUACAUCCACUUUGGCGCGCCGAAGCAGUGGUACUCGAUCCGCCAGGCCGACCGCACGCGCUUCGAGCUCGCCAUGGCGUCGGCGUUCCCCGCCGACUCGCGGCGCUGCCGCCACUUCCUGCGGCACAAGUCGUACCUCGCCUCGCCGGCGUUCCUGGCGGCGCACAACAUCCAGCCGCUGCGCCUCGUGCACCACGCCGGCGAGUUCGUCAUCACGUACCCCUAUGGCUACCACUCGGGCUUCAACCUCGGCUUCAACUGCGCCGAGAGUGUCAACUUUGCGCUGCCCUCGUGGCUCGAGAUCGGCCGCCGCGCCGGCUGGUGCGAGUGCGAGCCGGAUUCGGUGCGCAUGGACAUCGACGCGAUCCUGCAGGAGAGCGAGGAGAUCGAGGAGGCCGAGCGCAAGAAGGAGGAGCACGAGCGACGCAAGGAGGAGCGUGCUGCUCUGCGCGCGGAGAAGGAUGCACAGCUGCCCGAUGACGAGGCAGCACGCAUGGCCAAGCUCGAGGCUCGUCGGCUGCGCGACAAGGCACGCCGCGACCGCCAGCGCGAGGAGAAGCUGCUUGCGCGUGAGGCAGGCCUCGCCACGCCGGAUGCGAGGGAGGCAGACGUGUCAUUGGACGCAGGCCAACAGGUAGCCGAUCAAGCUGCGCCUGCGCGUGGGCGUGCGUCGGAGGCUGCGGAAGCGCAGCAGGAGGACGAGCUCGAGCAGUCGGCCUCUGGCUCGUCGUCAGGCUCCGAGGACGAGCCCUUCUGCGCCUUCUGCGUGUCGAACAACCACGACGACCUCGUCGUCAUUCCCAGCGACUCGCCAGACGAGCCGGUGCGCCACGGCCACCGGCUCUGCUCGCUCUUCGUGCCCGAGACGUUCGUGCAGCCUGGCGAGGAGCGCGAGGACGGCGUCGACACUGUCAUUGGCUUCGAGAACAUCCCAAAGGCGCGCUGGCAGCUCAAAUGCACGCUCUGCCCGAAGCCGCAGUGGGCAAAGCAGGGCGCCAAGGUGCAGUGCACCUUCGGUACCUGUGCGCGCGCGGCGCACGUUGCAUGCGCGUUCGUCGAAGAGACCGGCUGGCUUCUCGAUGUGCUCCCGCUCGACGCGGCGGACGCCAUCGAAGGCCGCAAGAAGAAGGCCGGCGGCAAGGCGCGCUCGCGCAAGGCACCGGGCACUGCUGCAGCCGGCGCUUCCAGUGGUACAGAGGCGGCAUCCGCAUCUGAUGGCAAUGCGGCGGCAGAGGAGAACGAGGACGAGGACGUCGAGACGCGCAACGUCGUCCUCUGCACGCUCCACAAUCCCAAUCGAGCGAAGCCCAUCUCGCCGGAGGCGGCACGGCGCGAAGCUGUCCAGCGCGCUCUUGCACUCGCGCUGCGGCCGCAGGACCUCGCCACAAUUCACCUCGGCGGCGCACAGUGGUGCGCUCCGGUCGUGCGAGUCGUGCGCGAAGACGCGGCAGAGCCCGACGUUCCUGGCUCCAUCGUCAUCAUGGAGGCUGGCGCCGAGCGCUUCAUCAAGUGGGCCAAGCUCGUCUUCUCGCCCGAGCAGGUGCGCGCGGAGGAGGAAAAGUGGAACGCAGCGGAGGCUCGCCGUCGUGCGGAGCUCGGACUGCCCGAGGAGAAGCCGGCGAAGAAGCGCGUGCGCGACGAGGAUGAAGCGCAGACCGCUGCCGAGCGGCCGACGAGCGUGCGCAGGUCGCUGGCCAGCAGCAAGCCUGCUGUGCCGGCCGAGGGUGCAGGUGCCAGCACGGAUCUCGACGCAGACACUCCCGCCGGCGCGCGCAAGUCUCGCCGCAAGGCUGCGCCUCGCACGGCUGAGCCUCAGCCGCUCACGCAGCCAGCGAUGCAGCCACCAGCCGCACCCAGUGUCGAGAAGCUCCUCGCAGCGCCGGCGAAGAAGCGCGCAUCUGCGCCUGGCACGGCCAAGCCGAAGGCCAAGAAGGUCAAGGCGGAGCCUGUCAUGGCCAUUCCGUCGUCGAGCCCCCUGUCCUCGCCGGCUCCGGCGCCUCCGCAGGUGCAGCCCAUGUCCAUGCUGCCGCACGCGCAUCAAGCACAGCACGCGCAGGCGCCGCACAUGCCGUCGCCGCCUGUCCACCACGCCUCCGCUCAGCAUGCGCCGGCCUCAGCGCCCUUCUACGCGCACGAGCACGCCUACUUGCGCGAUCAGCACCACCACUCGUCGAACGGCGCAUACGGACGGGCCUACAACGAGCCGCCGCGCAGCGAGUACGUGCCUCACGACGCGGCAUCGUUGCGUGCGCGCUACCAGCAGCAUGCGCCGCCGCCGUCGACUGCUCACGCCUAUGGGCAGCAUGCGGGUGCGCCGCCUCUAGCGCAUGCUCACCAACAGCCGGCGCCGCAAUGGCGCGGCGCAUCCUCGCCUGAGAUGGGCUAUGCCUCGCCCGCCUACAGCAUGCGCAGUCCCUACGGAUCCGAGGCUCGCGCGCCGUCUGAGCACGCUGCACCUGCGCCUCCUCGCCUCAGCGGACCGCCGAUGCAGUCGAGCUGGAGCUCCAGCAACGGCAGCUCGCUGCCGCCGAUCUCGCGCUGGUCGCCGCGCAUGCCGUCUGCUGCGCCGCACGCCUACCUUCCUCCUCUGCCGCCGCAGGCCGGCGCCUACCAGUACCCGAUGCCGCCGACGCACCUUCCGCCGCUCCACGCGCACGCGCCCGGCCACGCGCACCCCGCCUACGGACCUCCCAUGUCGCAUGCGCCGCCUCACCAUGCCUACGCGCACGCCCUGCCGCCGCCGCAUGGCCACCGUCCCGACCUCCCGAGCGCCGAGGCCUGGCACGACCAGCACGCGCGCCCUGACCUCGGCCAUGCGCACCCGUAUGCGCGCCCGAGCGGCAUUUCGCCGCUGCAGCACCACGCACCGCUGCUGCCGUCCGUGCGUGGCGGCCCGUGAUGCCUCGAAUGACCCCAGUAUUCUCCUGCAUCUUCUCCUUCAUCUCUCCUAUUCAUCUGCCUCGUUCCUGCGCAAUCCUCGGCCGCCUGCGCGCCAUCAUAACACAUUCGCGCCCGGCCAUAUCCUCUACGACUCUCGCGCCGCUCCUCUAUCUAACCCGGACACCUACUCUGCCCUCCUAUUCGCUGCUUGUUGCGCCUUUCGUCGCCUCUUUGCGCCGCCUCAUCACCUCUUCUGUAUCUCCACCUGCGCUGCACCGACGUGAUAUAAUGAUGCAUUCGC